CAGAUUCAUUUCCGUUUUCAUAUGGCACCAUUUUGAUUGGCCCCUCUGUAUUCUGUGGAUUGGCCUUUCGCAGCCAACAUCCAACUUAUUUUACAACACGUCCUACAUGCGAAAUUGUGCGUCUAUCUAGUCGAACAAACAUUGCUGUGCUAGUGUCGUAAUCGCUAACGUCAUAAUUUUCCAACUAUAUUUGACACAAACAUCGGAAAGUUUCGAAAAUGAUUAUUUGACAGUGUGACAGUGAGAAAUUAAUUUUCAUGCAAAAUUCUUGUAAAAUUUUGAAACUUAGAGUAGAUAUUGGGUUAGAAAUUAAUUUUGAGGUUAAAGCAUUUGACUGUCCAAAAUUAAAUAAAAUUGUUUAAAAAUUCUGUAAAAUACUACACUAAAAUGUAUAUUCUAUUACGCCAAAUUCGUACAUUGAAUAAAUUAAACGAAAUUGUGUGUCAAGUGCAUGAAAAUUUAAUUACAAAUUCAACAAUCGAGAUAUUCGUAGAAGAGAAAAUAUGAUCUAUGUAAUGAUAUUAGCCAAGUCCUAGUCAUCACCCAGAUAAGAGAUGAGGAUGUCAGCUGAUAGCAUAAGUGUCCUUAUGGCUCUGAAGCAAGCCACGUACCGUGGCGUUCGGAAUCUUUAUAUAGUAUAACUUGGACCUCAUAAUGUGCAGCAGUGUUGUAUUGAACUGUAUUGGAUGGUAGUUGCAUGUGCCUGCUGCAUGACCCGGGGGCGUUAUGGGCCCGGACCUGGAAUAUGCGGUCAUCAGCGGCGACACCAGUGCAUGCCCUCGCGCCAGCCAGCAGAUCAAGUCGUCGCAGCAUGGACUGGAAAGGAAACUACCCUUCAGGGAGAAGGCUAGGCUGCUGCUCGAGUCUCCCAAAUUUCACAUCGCCGUGCUGACCCUGGUCGUGGCGGAGCUCAGCAUGGUGGUGGUGGAGCUCAUGAUCGACGCCAGCGGCGUGGAGAAGAGCUGGGCCCUCGAGGCGGUCGAGCUGACCCUCAAGUACGCCAGCAUCGCCAUCCUGUCGCUCUUCGUGCUGGAGAACCUGUUCACCGUGUACGUGCUGCGCUGCGAGUUCUUCCGCAAGUGCCUGGAAGUGUUCGACACCGCCGUGGUGGUCACCUCGCUCGUGCUGGAGGUGUACUUCCUGCACCGCCACGACGCCGCCAACGGCGUCGGCAUCCUCAUAGCGCUGCGGCUCUGGAGGAUCGUGAGGGUGGUAAAUGGUAUCGCAGUGACGGUCACGGCGCAGUCGGAGAGGAAGCUCGACGAGGAGCGAGAGCUGCGGGAGGAAGCGCAGUCGGAGCUGAGGGAGUGUGUCUGCGCUCGCGGGAAGCAGCAGCGGUACAUCCUGCAGCUGGAGGAGUUCAUACGGGCCCACGACCUGCCGGUUCCCCCUCAGCCCGGUGGCCCGCCCUGAAGCAGCGACGACCCGCCGCCAGAGAUCCCGGGAACGGUAAUGCAAGUGGCCGGAAGAGGCGUCACCACCGGUCACUCGUAUUGGAGCUUAGCCAUGCAUGAAGCCACUUUUAAUGGUCUGUGCCAAGUUUGCAGGUCAACAUAAACAUUAGUUAAAAAUGUAUUUUUUUUUAAUCGAAGGGACAGUGUUUAACAAUAACAAUUCUACGCCCACUUAUUAACCAUCGUCAGGCAUGUUAACGGUGAGGUGGAAAGGACUUGACCAUGUCACCGCAUGCCAUCUCUGGGGCAGUUCUAUUCCUGUGGUGUGAACUGGUCGUUACUUCCCUCAGAGACCUUGCCCAUGCAGUAAAUAAACAGCAACGUGAUGGCACGGGCAGUGUGAAGGCAGGGUUCCUCUACGAGAACUGCUGUAGAGACCAAAGUCUUCCAGUUUCUUGAUCCGUGAAAAAUAUAAUGUAUUGGUGAGAAACUUAAGUGAUUUUGUGUUCUUCUCUGAUGACAUGGUUUAUCAUAUUGUUACUGACUCUGGAUUGUAUUUAGGGUGAUGUUAAAUCAAUUUCCUUUGUACUUAAAAAGUAAUCGUUUUACAAUCAAGAAUCUUUUUUCUUGGAGGCCUUACCUAUGAUGUUUUUCGAACACCAUAGUUUUCAAAAUACAUCAGAACUAUCGGCAUUGAGUGCAGCUGGAACCUAAAGUUUUGCCAGAAAAAAAUGAAUUAAUUUUAACGUAUCCCUACAGUUUUUCACAAUAAAAAAAAAUGCUAACAACCAUCAA